GCACCCUUCAUGCUUUCUCUUGCCAACUUUUCAUUUGUGAGGCUCGAUGUUUCCAUACAAUUCUGUCGAUGGCCAUGAACUGCCAACCAUUAGCCUUCUGGAUAAUAGCAGAAUCUUUUCCUUUGAAAUAGCCGCCCUCUUUUACUUUUUCUCAACUAAAAUGGAACAACCUUCGUUAAAUAUUUUACAUAUAGACUUAGGUGGUAAGCCACUAAGCAUGAUUAAUAAAGUGAACUUCAGAACCAGAAGAUGUUGACCAUUAAAGUUGGACUGCACAUUAAGGCUUACCACUCAAGAUGGAAUGGCAAGACCAAGACCAACAAAGCUAUUCAGAAAUUGCUCACUGUUAAUGUCAUGCAUGUUUCCUUACUCUUCAUUUGCCCAGUUAAAUGACCCUGACUGGUACUACUGGUUUCCUCUCUAUGCUUGUGCUUGUGUUGUUAAUCUGGUGAAUAAGGCAAUCUCAUCCAAAACGAGCCCCUUUGCUGCUAAAUUAGCACUAUGGCUGGGAGCUGUCUUAUUUGUGGCUGUAACACAGGAUUUGGCAAGUGGUAAAACUGCUGGGUUGUUGUCAUUGGAUUUGACUGAAAGACUGGUUAGAGAAAAAAUUGGAGGUGGGUUGGUGGUCAUUUACAUGAUUUUACAGUUAAAAAUAUCAUCAAUGUCAAGAGAUUCCAGGCCAAGAAAGAAAAAUGGAAUCGGCAGAUUAGUUGGCCUUGGUAAGAAACUAGGUUUUGUCAGUUUUAUUAUCUGAUUCUAGACUGUGUUAUUGGUGGUAAAGUGGUGAAUUGUGAUUACUCCCCUUCUUCUUUGUUCUUCGAAAAG